CGGGCCCGCGCCCGCGCCCGGGGGCGAGGACGUCAAGACUCUGUGGAUCGGGGAUCUCCAGUACUGGAUGGACGAGAACUACCUCUACAGCGCCUUUGCGCCCGUGGGGCCGCAGCAGGUCACCAACGUGAAGAUUAUCCGCAGCAAAUCAACUGGGCAGCCUGAGGGUUAUGGUUUUGUUGAAUUUCUCUCUCGAGCUGCUGCAGAAUAUGCUCUCAGCUUUAAUGGACAGAUGAUGCCUUCUGUUGAACAAGCUUUUAAGCUCAACUGGGCUUCUUCUAGCUCCGGUGACAAGCGUGGUGAUGAUGGCUCUGAUCACACCAUAUUUGUUGGUGAUUUGGCUGCUGAUGUUACUGAUGCCAUGUUGGAAGAGAUAUUCAAAGCCUCCUACCCUUCAGUUAAAGGUGCUAAUGUUGUUACCGACAGGGCCACUGGUCGCUCCAAAGGAUAUGGUUUUGUUCGUUUUGGAGAUGCAACUGAGCAGGCACGUGCUAUGACUGAAAUGAAUGGAGCACAGUUGUCUACGAGGCAUAUGAGGAUAGGGCCUGCAGCUAACAAGAAGAAUAUGGGUACUCAGCAGACAUACUCGUCUAAUGGGUACCAGAGCUCACAAGGAAAUGAGGCGUCGAAUGAUCCCAACAAUACUACAAUCUUUGUGGGCGGGUUAGAUUCCAAUAUAGAUGAGAACUAUCUAAAGCAAGUUUUUACUCCAUAUGGCGAAGUGAACCAUGUAAAGAUUCCUGUAGGCAAGCGUUGUGGAUUUGUCCAAUUUACCAGCAGGUCAUGCGCCGAGGGAGCCAUCAAUGCGCUGAAUGGGACUCUGAUUGGAAGUUCCAACGUUCGUCUUUCAUGGGGCCGUAGCACCAAACAGCCCCAGCAGGAUGCAAGCCAGGGUAAUGUCAACAGCUACUAUGGAUAUCAGCAGGGUCAUGAUGCUUACUAUGGUGCAUCCAAUGUGCAAGAUCCUAGCAUGCAAACCUAUGGAUAUGCUGGUUAUGGCAGCUACGAGCAGCAGCAGCCAUCUCAACCACAGCAGCAGCCUCCGCAGCAGCAACCUCCACAGUAGCAGCAGCUUUCCUACAGCAGUCACCAUUUGAGGCGAUGGAGCGCAAUCAGAGUUGCAUGAGCAGGAUAGCAUUGGGUCAUGAGUUAUGGUAUAGGGGUCCUUGUUUGUAUGAUGGGUAGUAUCUAGUGCUUUGACUGUAGCCCUAGUUUUAUUCAGUGUCUCUUGCUGUUUUAAAUUAUCGAACUCUGUCAUGACUUUGAGUUGUUGAUGGUAAUGUUAUCUUUGGAUCAUCGAUUGCUUGGUUUAUGUUGAA